UGUAGUGAAAAGGGCCAGAGGACAACAAGCGCUCCAAACGUGCGAGAUGGAGACCAAAAAUUGCGCGUCUUCUAUCAGAUCCGUUCACAUUAUAGAGCUCUGAAAAAUAUAGAUUUACGUUUUAUACUGAAUACGGAUAACAAAGCGACACAUAGGAAAGUUUAAGAGCAGGUUGAGAGAAAGAGAAAGAGAGUGAGAGAGACAGAGAGGGUGAGAGAGACACAGAGAGAGAGGCUGAGAUUGUAUCUCGUUCUUCUGGUUGCAGUCUCCGCUGGACCGCACGCAUCCGUGCGCUGCUGUAGAAUGAUGACAAGCAGCAAAACGACUCUUGCUUUCUUCAUCUAUGGACUCCUCGUGCACUGUAGUGUAUGUUCUCCUCUCAGCUACCCGAGCGUCAGGAUGGAGACGGCGGGAUUCGAGGACGCCAACUCGUUACCAGAUUUAACGUUUGAAAGCGAUCAAAUUGCUUUUGCAAGCUCUCCAUCAGUUACUGGAGACACAUUCACUUUAUAUUAUCCUCCUUCGAACAGAAUGGAAAGGCACGCUGACGGGAUGUUUAAUAAAGCGUACAGGAAAGCGCUCGGUCAGUUAUCAGCGAGGAAAUACCUGCAUACACUGAUGGCCAAACGCGUGGGGGGAGGAAACACGAUAGAGGAGGACAACGAGCCGCUCUCCAAACGCCACUCGGACGGGGUUUUCACGGACAGCUACAGCCGCUAUCGGAAGCAAAUGGCAGUAAAGAAGUAUCUGUCCGCAGUCCUGGGCCAAAGCCCUGAAGACUUAGAUUUGCAUCAAUUUCUACAAGACAUAGACUUUGGUGCACUCCCGGAUGGGGAUGACAUUGAGGGAUUUUUGUUGGAAUGGCUGAAGAAGUUCCCUUCUGAAUUCUCGGUGAGUUUACACGGCUCCGAGGGACUCUCGAUCUUCCCACUGUCAUCUUACAAGCCGCUUUAUACGUUGAUCUCUCUUGCACAAACCUUCACUACUUUCAUAUCUCCUAAAAAAUCUCAGCCUUACACUGUUAAUGUGUGAAUUUCUGUUUUCCCAAACUCUGUCCUGAUGACGAUGAACACAUCUUGUCUGAUUGAAACACUGCUGUGUCCUACUGAGCAUGCACCUUUUCCUACUUCUCAAAUCUCAAGUUCAUGUCUGUGUUAUGUUUAUCAGAACUUAUUAAAAUCGUUUGGCACAAAUCCAUAUGGCAUUCAAUCUGUUUCUAUCAAAAAUGUCUUUCGUAGCCUUUCUCUUUUUGUAGGAAGUAUAGAUUUUCUUUUCAUAAUAAUGCUUGUUGUUUUUGACCAUACAGCUGUUAAUAUAACACUAUCAUGACAUCCAUUAGUGUUCAUAAAACAUAUUCAGAGGUAUGACUGUUAUAAUCCAUAAUAGGUCUAUUAAAAGUGUUGUUGUAUGGUGCACAUAACUAGGCUUUAAAAAAGAAAGAAGUGUGUGAUAAAUAACUUAUAAGCGUAGUGAAAGCAUGCUUAAAACGUACAAGAUAUAUAUGCAUUUUGUGGUGUGUGCAAGUGUGUGUGUGUUAAAGGGUUGUGAAAUCAAUCUGUUUAAUUCUGCAUUC